UAAAAUAAUUUUCUAAAAAAAAUAAUAAAAUCAUUCUUGAGCAGAAAAAACAAUAAAAACCUACCUAGCUAAGCUUAUCUUUUCCAUUUUCUACAUUCUUCUCCAACAAAAAAAGAUAUAGAGAGAGAAAGAAUAUAUCGAAAGAAAAUUUUGGUGCUUUUAAAUUUGAUAUCUCAAAUUAUGUUGAACCAAGGUUUAAUGGAGGAUCAUCACCAAUUUGGAAUAUCAAACUCUCAAAUGGGGUUUUAUCUAAACUCUACAAAUUUGACUAACUUUUCACCACUUGUUAAUAGCAAUAAUCAACACCAUCAAUCUAAUGAUCUUAAACCUUUCAAUAGUUUAUUACCUUCUUCCUUUGCUUUAGAUCAUGUUACUUCUACUCUUACUCAAGCCCUCCUUUCUUCCACUACUCCAAAGCUUAGAGAAGAAGAUUACAUUUCCUCAUCAUCUUACAACAACUUCCCUCCACUUUUCUCCCUUCAAAAACCAACUCCAAAUUAUAACCUAUGGUCAUGGGGUGAAGGGAAGGAAUUCCAAUUAGGAGGAAGCAAAAGAAGUUGUAAUAAUGGAGAUCAUCAAGAUCCACUUCUUGGAGUAUCUACCAUGAAAAUGAAGAAGAUUAAAGCAAGAAGAAAGGUGAGAGAACCAAGAUUUUGCUUCAAAACCAUGAGUGAUGUAGAUGUCUUGGAUGAUGGUUAUAAAUGGAGGAAAUAUGGCCAAAAAGUGGUUAAGAACACUCUUCACCCUAGGAGUUAUUACCGGUGCACUCAAGACAACUGCCGAGUGAAAAAAAGAGUUGAACGAUUAGCUGAAGAUCCAAGGAUGGUAAUCACAACUUAUGAAGGUAGACACAUUCAUUCUCCUUCUAAUGAUCUCGAUGAAUCACAAGGCGGUCUACCUCAACUUAAUAAUUUCUUCUGGUGAUUAGUUUAUACAUGAUCAAUAUAAUUAUUUGACGACCUUUGUGGUAUUAGUUUAUAGUUUAUUAGCUUCACUCACUAAUCAUCGACGUGUUCUCAAGUACUGAGCUGGUGCUGUUUUAAUUUGCCAUGCCAAAUCCAAAAUCCAUGUAGUAUUAGUACGUAGUGUACUUUCAAGCAUAUAGUUGUGUUUUAUAUGUAAAUGUCUAGCUAGUACGUAAAUUUGGUCUUUUUUGCAUGUUUUUGUAUGGGAAUAAUCGAAAAGUACUUGUAAAAUUUUAUUAUUACUGUAGUUUCUCGUUUUAA